AUGAAGCCAGCAGAGAUCAGAUUCUCUCUACAGAGACCUCUACAGCACAGAGAUCCAGCCAUGGCACCUACAAUCACUGCAGCAAUGACCAAUUCUCAGGAGCAUCUCACUCUGACCCACAAGCUCAGAAAGCCUCUGGUGGAGAAGUUACGCAGAGAGCGAAUCAACAGCAGCAUCGAGCAGCUCAAGUCUCUCCUGGGUCCAGACUUCCUCAAACAGCAGCCAGACUCCAAGCUGGAGAAAGCAGACAUCCUGGAGAUGACAGUUUGUGUCCUGAGACGACUGCAGCAGCAGCAUCAACAGCAGAGAAGACUGCUGAACCACGUCAACAAGCUGCAGUCUUCCUCUGACAACAACCUGACAGAGGCUGACUUCUCUCCUCUGAGCUCCACAGUCCACACCAGCAUCACCAAAGACAAGAGUCCAGACAACAGCGCCCUCUGGAGGCCGUGGUAGACACCAACUCACUGGAGUUACUGCCACACAAACUCUCAUGACCACAUUGGUCAAAGAUUACUGGACUGAAUCCUUUGAAAUUUGAUGGACUUGUUCUUCUGUAUGUACAGAAGGCUGUAUUUUGUGUGUUUGUCUUUGUUCAAGAUGACAUUUCCUGAGGAAAUGACAGCAACAAUAUCUUUCAAGUUGAGAAAGAGAACCUCUUGUCAUGCAUGUUGCAUGAACAACAUCUGAUUGCAUCAGCAAUUAUUAUCAUACCUCACUGUACUUCAUGUGUUGGUAGUAUAUGCUAUGAUAACAUUUGUUAUCUUUUGAUUCUUACUGAUCACAUUGAUCAGAAAACUUUAACUGUCCUUUUAUGGACAUAUUGUCAUGAUGAACUUUAAUCUCUGAUUAAUCAAAACUGAUCUGUUGUCAGAUCCAAAUGUUUAUACUUUUUUAUAAAAGUUUUGCUUAAUGUCACAAUUCUUUGUGACACUUUGAUGAUUCAAAUCAUGACAAGUAUUGUUAAAAUAUAAUACAAUGGUGAUAU